AUGUCCCAAGAAACAGAUGUUGCGAAGAAUAUUGAAAUCUGGAAGGUAAAAAAGUUGAUUAAAUCUCUCGAGGCUGCGAGAGGUAAUGGAACUUCGAUGAUAUCAUUGAUCAUCCCACCGAAAGGACAGAUUUCGCUUACACAAAAAAUGUUAACAGAAGAAUAUGGUACAGCAUCCAAUAUUAAGUCUCGUGUUAACAGGUUAUCUGUCUUAUCUGCAAUCACUUCGACUCAACAGAAAUUAAAGUUAUACAACUCAGUCCCGAGAAAUGGUUUAGUCGUCUAUUGUGGUGACGUGAUAACUGAUGAAGGUAAAGAAAAGAAGCUUAAUAUUGACUUUGAACCAUUUAAACCUAUCAACACGUCCUUAUAUCUUUGUGAUAAUAAAUUUCAUGUAGAGGCUUUAUCAGAGCUACUUCAAGAUGACGAUAGAUUCGGUUUCAUAGUUAUGGAUGGUCAUGGAGCGUUGUUUGGUGCAGUAUGUGGAAACAAUAGAGAGGUAUUACAAAAGUUCACAGUUGAUUUACCAAAGAAGCACGGAAGAGGUGGACAGUCCGCUGUUCGUUUCUCGCGUUUGAGGGAAGAGAAGAGACACAAUUAUGUUAGAAAGGUGGCCGAAGUAGCAGUACAAAACUUCAUUACUGCAGAUAAAGUUAACGUUAAGGGUUUAAUUUUGGCUGGUUCCGCCGAUUUUAAAACAGAAUUAUCAAAGUCUGAUCUCUUUGAUGGAAGAUUGCAAGCUAAAGUAAUCAAAAUUGUAGAUAUAUCUUACGGUGGAGAAAACGGAUUUAAUCAGGCCAUUGAAUUGUCUGCUGAAACUUUAUCCAAUGUCAAAUUUGUUCAAGAGAAAAAAUUGUUAAAUCAGUAUUUUGAAGAAAUUUCUCUUGAUUCUGGUAAAUUCUGUUACGGAAUUGAGGAUACUUUAAAAGCUUUAGAUUUAGGGGCUUGUGAGACUAUCAUUGUUUACGAAAACUUGAAUACUGUGCGUUACACAUUGAAGGAUUCCGAUGGAGAAGAAGUCAUCACUCAUGCAAAUCCUGAGUUGUCGGAUAAAACCUGGCAGUUAGAUAAAAAGACAGGUGUAGAAAUGGAAAUUGUUAAGGAAGAAUCGUUUUUGGAAUGGCUUGCCGAGAACUAUAAAAGUUUUGGUGCAAAUUUGGAAUUUGUCACUGAUAGGUCAUCAGAAGGUGCGCAGUUUGUCCAAGGUUUUGGUGGUGUGGGUGCUUUGUUAAGAUAUAAAGUCAACUUCGAACAGUUGACGGAUGAAUCUGAUGAUGAGUACUAUGAUGACGAUGACGACGAUUUCAUUUAA